AUGGGUGCUGAUGUCAUGCCGUUGACUGUCGAGCAGAUAAUCGAGCUGCUGGAGUCGACCGCGGCGGACUCGCCUCUCAUCUCGCCGGCGGCUCUCCUGUGCCGGGUGGAGGGCCUGCUGCUGCGAGGGACUGGGGCGACAAGCGCGGACGCCUUGCUCGUGGACCGCUGGUUCAACAAACUCUUGCACUUCUCACCAGCCACUGCUUCUGGGAGCGGUGGCGGCGAUGGGGAGGCGAAAGGGGCUCAAGGGACGCCGAGCCGAGAUCGCCGUUCGUUUUCUGAUGGCGACGGCGGUAGGCAGAGCCAAAAGCAGCAUCAACAGCAACAGCAGCAUGAGGUUGCGUUUAAUACGAGGGCGGUGUGUGAUAUCGGCGAGGGAAUCGCAGGAAUGGCGGCGAUGACCGGACGGAAGUUGCAACUCAAGGAUUGCUCCACGCGGCAACAACGGCGGCGAGGAAAUACCUUGUACGGCACCGAGUACACCAGCGGCAGCGUGGUGUCCUGGCCGGUCUCAGCCCUCCCUACAGAAGUGGGAGUUAGGCAAGCGGAAGCAGAAACCUCCGCGUUCGAGCAGUUGGAGGACGUGGACGGAGAUGACGAAACGGAGGAGGCGAGGCCAUCGCCGGGCCCCGCGGAGAGGGUGCUAGCGGUGUUGCAGGUCCACUGCGGAGACGGCGUGCUCUCGGCAGCGGCGGUGGAAGCCCUGCACGACUUAGGAAGACUGCUGGUGCCGCUGCUCACGGAGGCUCUGGCUCGUGACGAGGAGUACGUGCGCCGCCGCUCCACCGAGGCGCUGCUGUCGCUGAGCAACAUCAGCCCACGAGACGUGGGCCUGAUCGCGAUGGUCGAGGAGGUUGUCCGUGUUGCACAGAUAAUGACGGAAGCGGAGAGGGUUUGCCUCUUCUUUGUGGACGACGCGGCGGACGAGCUGUGGGUGGCCAAGUCAGUGGACUUCGAUGACGCCAAGAUCAAGAUCGGGGAAGGCUUGUGCGGGCACGCGGCGGCGACCGGAGGGACCGUGAACGUGAUCGACAGCUACGAGGACCCCCGUUUCGACGGGCGGUGGGACAAGCAGACCGGCUUUGUCACCAAGGGUGUAUUGUGCGUGCCAAUCCCACCUCCAGACCAAGUCGUCUUAAGCGCUUCGCCGGCGGCGGGCGGCGGCAGCCGCGGUGGCAUGUGGGCGGGGGGUGGGGACGGACCCGAAGGACAAGAAAGCAGCGGCAGCCUCCAAGACGGAAGCGGCGAGCUACCGCGGAGGGACGACGGCGGUACCGAUCCCCGAGUGUCGAUGGACGUGGACGGCUUCCAGCCCCUACGGCGGGGAGGGUCGCAGCAGCAGCCGGCCGCGUGGGAGGCGGGGGGGGCGCCGCCGCCGCCGCCGCAGCCGCAGCCGAACCCGCGCCGCCGCCGGUCGUCGAAGAUGCCGGCGAGACCCCUGGCCGUGCUGGAGGUGAUCAACAAGCGGGGCAAUGGCGUCUUCAGUGAGCACGACGAGAACGCGCUGGUGGGCCUUUGCGCGCGCAUAGAGCUGCUCCUCCGGAACAAGGCCGCGGAGGUGGCUCUCCUGUACUCUGGCAUGACCGAGCGCUCCCUGAUCCGCCAGAGGAACGGCGGUGGCGGUGGCGGCGACGGCGAAGCCUCGACCAACUACGCCCGCGUCGAGAGCACCAUCAUGCGGCUCUACAGCGAGGCGCCGUUCCUGGCGGACGCCGCGGUGCCCGGAGAGCAGCAGCAGCGGGCGCCGAGCCAGAGGGACGACACGGCCGCGCGGGGUGGGGACGUUGGCGGCGGCGGCGGCGGGGGCAGCCGCCGGCGCGGCCGCCGGCGCUCGAUGAGCGACACCGAAGCCCCCCCGGGCAUGGAUGUCGGGCAGACUGGCGAGGGCGACGGCGUUAGAAGGCGUGGAAGUGACAGCUCCGUCUCUGUGGGGACGGCGGCGGCGUCCGGCGAGGGGGAGGGGUGCCCUUCGGGAGCCGGCGGGAGCGGCGGCGGCGGGGGUGGUUCCGGUGUUGAUCGGCCGAUCAGCGCGGAGAGGGCGCAGGAGGAGUCGGAGCUAGUGGACCUGAGCAUGAACCUGUUCAACCUGAGCUCGGAGCAACUCCUGUCCUUGGUGGGGCGGUUCUUCCGAAAUAUGGAGCUGACAGACAGAUUUCAGAUUUCGGACCAGAAAAUGCAGAACUUCGUAAGGGGGGUCGAGCGGCGAUAUCGGCCCAACUCCUUCCACAACCUGACCCACGCCGUGAGCGUCACCCACGCGUCCUUCACGAUCGUGAAGACUACGCAAGUGAACUCGUUGCUCCGCCCGCUGGACAAGCUCGCCCUCCUCGUCGCGGCGUUCUGCCACGACAUCGACCACCCAGGGAACAACAACGCCUACGAAGUGAACUCCCUCUCCCCCCUGGCGUUGCAGCACGGCGACAGCUCGGUGCUAGAGCGCCACCACGUGUUCGUCACGUACCAGGUGCUGCUGGAGGAAGGCGGGGCGAACAACAUCUUCUCGGGGCUGACGCGCGCCCAGUUUCGAGAUGUCCGCCAGACCAUCGUGCAGGCCAUCCUCGGCACGGACAUGUCUGGCCACAUGCAGCACUGCGCGGACGUCUUCCAGUGCGUGCAGAAGGCGAAGAAGCUGGCCGCUUUCCGAGGCAGAGGGUGCCCGGGGGGAAGGGCUUCGGCGAGCGGUGCCGCGUCCCGGCAGGGGAAGGGCCGGGCGGGGCGAAGCCUGUCUCCCGUCGCGAUGAUGGAGACGCACGGCGAGGGGGGCGCGGCGGAGGCGAGAGGGGGGGUGGGGCUGAGAAGUACGCGGGCUAGCUGCCCCCCCCCCGGCGGUGGCGAUGGCGAUGGCGUCGACUCCCCGGCGAAGAAGCGAUCAAAAUCCGCAGCGAUUGCGAACGGGUUGCCCGGCUGUAGUUCUGGGGCGCGGAAGAACACGCGCGGCAGGAGCAUGUCGCCGCCACCGCUGACGCCGGCGCCAACGCCGCCGCCGCCGCCGCCGGAACACCUUUUUAGCGUGGACAAGGCCGAGGACCGAUCGUUCCUCACCAAGACCAUCCUUCACUGCGCCGACCUUUCAGGUCAGGUGCUGGACAACCACCUGGCCUUGGAGUGGGGAAGGAGGAUCCUGGACGAGUUCCGGUUGCAGGCCAGGCUCGAGGGAACCGCGGGCCUGCCUCUGACGACAGUGGCGAGCGGAGACCGCGAGACGACGAUGAAGGGGCAGCACUUUUUUGCCACCAAGAUCGUCAAGCCGCUGUGGCAACCGUUUGCUGUGCUGUUUCCCAAGCUCGCACCGUUGUUGGAGAACCUGAACAACAACUGCGACUACUACCACCAGGAAUGGCUGCGCCUGGAGCAGCAGCGCCUCUCCGCCUCCUCUGCCUCCAACGCCGAUUCCCCGCAACGGGCAGGAGAGGAAAGAGCGGACCGCCGAGCCGCCGGCAACGAGCACAAGGACGGCGGUGUCAGCUACCGGGGCGACGACGGCGGCACCGCCGCCGCAAGUCGGAUCCCCAGCUGCGGGGCCAGCGGUAGCGGCGGUAGCAGGGUAGGGUCCCCCCGCUCCUGCCCCUACUCUUCACCCCCCUCCUCGGGGUUAACGCUGGUAUCGGGCGCAGCGAUCUGUAACGGCGACGAGGCGGCGGCGGCGGACGGCAUGUGCGUUGACCCUCUGGAUGGGGAGCAAGGCGGCAGCGAGCCGUAGUAGGGCGGGCGUCGAGAUGAUAGACGUCGCGCUUGUCGGCGGCAUUACUUGGAUAGGAUUGGGACCGCUCCGCCCCGGUAUCGAGAGCGGCCCGGCCUGGCCCGGCCCGGCCCGGCCCGGCGCGGGCGGAUCAUUUUUUGUACUUUUGUGGGAUUUUUUUUUCAAGUUUUAUGGCAAUGAAGUCCGUCGAACGCGGUGCGUGACAUUGAGCAGCUUUUAGAGUUGCACUGCUUGGUCACCCUAGAGUAGACCGCGUCGACAUUGGUUGCAGGGAGAUAGAUGUUUUCAAAGAACUGUAAAAAAGCGAUUUUUUUUUUCAGUUUGGGGGGCAGGGGGCGGGGAUAUGCUCGC